CAUGCUCUGCAAAAACUGCUUAGUCAUUGCCUUUCUUUCUCUGGGUCUCUCUUUGGAUUCUUUGGAAGUUUUGUUUUUGAGUGCAGGUUUUGCUUUGUUUUGAUGAAUAAUAUUUCUGAGUGAGCUCCCGUUAGCGUUGGCGUGCUAUUGUAAAAGGAAGGAUUGUUGCAGCAAAAGAUAAACAGAUUUCUUUCUCUUCUUUUCUUGUAUAUAAAUGUAAUCAUUCGCUUUUUUAUUGCUUCAACUCAACUUAAUCCCUGAGCUUUUCAAAUGGGUGGACAACUUAAUCCCCGAGCUCUAGUUUUUCACAUGGAUGGACAACUCUCUGUUCUUGGUUUUAUAUUGCUGGAAAUUGGCAUGUAAUUUUGUAUCAAAAAGAAUUAGAGAAGGAGUUUUUAAUCAACUAAAGUUGCAGAGGAAUUUUGAAAAUGGCGAGUAAUCCAUCAUCGGAAAUGCAGGAACCAAGCAUCGACACAGAUAAGUUGAGCUACGAGAUAUUUUCAAUCUUGGAAAGCAAAUUUCUGUUUGGAUACGACAAUCAAAAGCUUUGGAUUCCCAAACAGAUCUCUCCGGCAGCUUUAGGAGCCAAAACCGAGAGCUUAAACUCACAACAAAGUUGUGAGUUAGACGGCGUCUCGUCUGUCAAGAACCAGCGAGGCAAAAUUUGUAUACUCAGCAUUGACGGCGGUGGCAUGCGUGGCAUUCUUCCUGGAAAGGCUUUAGCUUAUCUUGAACACGCGCUCAAGUCCAAGUCAGGCAAUCCGAACGCCAGAAUCGCCGAUUAUAUCGACGUCGCAGCCGGUACCAGCAUCGGCGGUAUCUUCACGGCCAUGCUCUUCGCCACCAACGACAACACUCGCCCGAUUUUCAAAGCAGAGGACACAUGGCAAUUUCUCGCUAACCAGGGCAAGAAAAUUUACCGGUCAACCUCUGGUUCUAAUUCAGGAAAUUACAUCAAACGAAUUUUAAAAGCUGGUUCAAGUUCCGGUUUGCCUUCCGCCGGUUUGGAGAAAGUCACGAAGGAGAUGUUCGCUGACAAAGGCCGAAAUUUAACUUUGAGGGAUACGUUAAAACCGGUUCUCAUCCCGUGUUAUGAUCUUUCUAGUACGGCGCCGUUUUUGUUUUCUAGAGCGGACGCGCUCGAAACAGAGAGUUUUGAUUUCAGACUCUGGGAAGUAUGUCGAGCCACGUCUGCCGAACCGGGAUUAUUCGAACCGGUUUUAAUGCGGUCCGUUGAUGGCCAAACAAGGUGUGUUGCGGUUGACGGCGGUUUAGCCAUGAGCAACCCAACGGCGGCGGCGAUCACGCACGUGUUACACAACAAACAAGAGUUUCCAUUCGUGCGAGGCGUAGAGGACUUGCUGGUGUUGUCGUUGGGGACGGGUCAGCUACUUGAGGUUAGUUAUGAGUAUGACCAGGUCAAGAAUUGGAAGGUCAAAGAUUGGGCUCGACCCAUGGCUCGAAUUUCUGGUGACAGCUCGGCCGACUCGGUGGACCAGGCUGUGGCCAUGGCGUUUGGUCAGUGUACAAGCAGUAAUAAUUAUGUUCGUAUUCAGGCAAAUGGGUCCACUGUGGUCCGGUGCAGACCCAAUGUUGAUACAGACCCUAGUCCCAGCAAUGUAAAGAUGCUGAUGGAAAUAGCAGAGGAAAUGCUGAAGCAGAAAAAUGUUGAGUCAGUGCUCUUUGGAGGCAAAAGGAUUGCUGAGCAGAGCAAUUUCGAAAAACUAGAUUGGUUUGCCAAUGAACUUGUGCUUGAGCAUCAGAGGAGGAGUUGCAGAAUAGCUCCCACUGUUGCUUUCAAGCAAGCCACUCCCAGACCCACCUAGAUUUCUUUACAAAAGGGUAAAAAAAAUGUCAAAAAAAUACCCAAAAAAAAAAAAGAGGGGGAAGAUAAAAAUGGAGGAGGAGUAAAAAUAUAGCAGCUUUUACUAUUGAAAGUGAUGAUAGACAAAGAAGAGUUCCAAAAGUUGAGUGAAAAGGACAAAGUAGUGAUGUGAAAAGGGAAGAAGAUCUCCGUGGGAUACUUUGCCUGCCAUAGGACAAACAUGGUGGUGUCAACUCCACUCUUUUGACGAGGGCAAGGAGCCAAAGAAGCAAAAGCAAAGUCAUUUAAGCCAAUUCAGUCAGCUUUUGAAGGUCAAGCCAACACCCAGGUGUGAUUCCUACCAUUUCAUUUCAAACAUGAAUCAUUGAUUUUUAGGGUGGGAAAUAAUUAUAUUAAACUGUUUCCAUUACUUCCCACCCAUUCCCUGUCUUUUUAUUUAUAUUUUUCCUAUUUUAGUCUUCUCUUCUUCAUGUCAUGGUGGAAAAAAUUAUAUAUAGUCAAAACAGUUGUUUGAAAAAAGAAGGGUUCUUUAACUUCUUUUUGUUCCCUUGCAUAAUGUAGUAGUAAUUUGUGCAAACUGAUCAAUAUUGAAGACUGGGGUAUGGUGUAGAAGCAAGAAAAAAGAAAAAAAAACCCUCCUCUAGUUUUGUAUGUUGAAACUUGAAAAUGAAGGUGCUUGUAAUUGGGUUGUAACUGGAAUUGGAAUUGAUUUAAAAAUUUUUGCA